AUGAGCAGUCCUCCUAUGAAAGGAGCUGCAGAGUUGGGCGCAGCUCCCCUCAACUUCAUCUACGCCUGCUCUGUGUGCUUUGCCUCGUUCGCCGACGUCUAUGAGGGUCAUCAUGAGACUGUUCAAGGCCUUUCGGACGGUAUCAACCCCAAGAAUCGUCUUGUGACUCGAAUCUUUCUUGCUAGCUGUUGUCAUGUGUUCUGCAGCUCUCACCUCGAAGGCGGUGGUCCGCCAUUUCACCCCGCUGGGCAACAACCGAAAGCGCCAUGUCCCAUUUGUAUCAAAGAAAAGGGUGAUAGCACUGAGCGGGAUCUCUACUCCAUUCGCGGCUUCCACAAGGACGAAUAUGACCCUCACAUUCCGCCUUCCUGGUUUACUGCACCUCCCAUUCGACUCGAUGGUAGCGGGAAGGAAAUGGAGGCUUUACGGUUCCAGUACAUCGCGCUUAUCCGAUACUGCCAGAACACUCAUGCGGCCCGCAAGCCUCUCCAGGAUGCCCUCACAGCAGUGGAAACGAAGCUCGCUAGCAUGCAGGAUCUCGCCUCGGGCGAACACGCAAAGGUCUUGAGCCUGCAGCAGGAGAAUGAGCGACUGCGAGCACAGAACAAGCAGUCCGAAGCCAUGAAAGCUGAACUCCAGCGACUACGAGAUCUUGAGCAGGAGAUGGAGCGUUUCCGCUGCUUGCAUGUCAACCCACGCGAUCUUGAGACAUUCAUUGAGAACAAGACAGCGAUACGUCACUAUCUAAAGCUUGUUCCCAAGCUACUAGAUCAAAAUGAACAGAUGCAGAAGCGGCUAGCUAAGCUCGGAUUUGCCAUGGCACUAGAGCCCAUAUCCAAGUUUACAGGCAUCGACCCGCACGCAUUGGAUAGCGACGAGGAUUACCCCGGCGAAGGCAACGACGAUUCCGCCGCGUUGCUGCGCAAGACUGCGUCAAGCCACACAGUCGGUAGAUCUGUACAUAUGUCAGGCAGGCCAGGAACAGCGUCCUCUCACACUUUCUUCCAUCGACCACUGAAGCGGCAACGCCUUGACUCGCCUCUCCCUAACAAGAUGCAGAUUGACCAUCCUGCGAGUAGAGAAGCAAUGCCACCUCCGCUAAAGCCAUUGUCCAGAAUGAACUCCGUGCGAAAGAUGUUUCCAAGUCUCAGGAAGAAGUUCUCUAACGGCCGUGCUGCGCCUGUCAUGGAGAACAUCUCGGAGAGCACGAGCGAUAUUCGCAUAACAUACAACCAGUCACUUGGUCCGGCCACCCCAGCUCCUAGGCGACAACAAAGUCCAGGCCGGCAGAUGGAGAGCGUAGUCAUCGGCGCAGAGUGA